GAGUGGGCGGCGUGGGGAGGCGGCGGCGGUGGCGUCGCGGGCUGGGGCGGGCGAGGGAUCGCCGCUGCGCCGCGGCUCGCGCCACCGGGCGUUGCGGGCCGUGACGGGAGGGUGACAUGCCCGGGAACUGAGAGGCUGCGCCGCCGGGUGUGUUGUGGAUUGACUCCGACAGUAUCGCACACUGCAGUAACACAGUUAUGGCGGCUUUCCAGCCUUUCAGAAAUAGUCACACGAAGACUAAAGCAUCUGUCCGAAAAAGUUUCAGUGAAGAUGUGUUCCAGUCCGUAAAGUCUUUAUUACAGAGUGAGAAGGAGCUGUGCAGUGUAUCAGGAGGAGAGUGUUUAAACCAGGAUGAGCAUGCCCAGUUAACUGAGAUCACAUUUCUGGGCUUUAAUGAAGAAACAGAUGCUGCUCAUAUGAAGGAUCUAGCUGCAGUUUCACUAGAACUUCCAGAUCUUCUGAAUUCGCUCCAUUUCUGCAGUCUAAGUGAAAAUGAAAUCAUUUGUAUGAAGGAUACCAAUAAAUCUUCUGAUGUAAGCAGUAGUCCUCUAAAUCAGAGUCACCAUUCAGGAAUGCUUUGUGUCAUGAGAGUGUCACCUACAUUACCAGGACUCAGAAUUGAUUUCAUCUUUAGUCUCCUAAGUAAAUAUGCUGCUGGCAUAAGACACACCCUGGACACACACUUGCACGAGAAGCUCCACCUUGAGACCACUGAUGAAGAUGACGAUGACACGAACCAGUCUGUGUCUUCCAUAGAGGAUGACUUUGUCACUGCUUUUGAGCAGUUGGAGGAGGAAGAGAAUGCAAAGCUGUGUAACGACGAAAUGAAUAUUGCUACACUAAGGAGCCGGUGUGAUGCUGCCUCUCAGACUACUUCAGGUCACCAUUUAGAAAGCCAUGAUCUUAAAGUGCUGGUUAGUUAUGGAUCACAGAAGUCUUUGGCUAAGCCCUCACCUUCAGUAAAUGUUCUGGGACGCAAAGAAGCUUCUGUGAAAACAUCAGUUACAACAUCGAUUUCAGAGCCCUGGACUCAGAGGAGUCUCUACAGGUCACCCAGUGCCUCAGAUAAAGGCAAGGACACACAGGAGACAUUCUUUCCUCCUUCUCCUGUCCACUCGUCAGAGUCUGAGUGCUCAAGCCCAAGUCCUGUGAUUUUUUUGGAUGAAGAGGGAUAUCAAAAAAGUUUAAAAGCGAAACUUGAGCUGCCUGAAAUCCCUGUGACAAAAGAUGAUAUAGAGGAUUCAGACUCAGAAGUGAGUGAGUUUUUUGAUAGCUUUGAUCAGUUUGAUGAACUAGAGCAAACUUUAGAGACUUACCUGUUCAUGGAAGAUCCUGUCAUAGGGAAGUCAUCACAGAAGAUAGGGCACAAAUAUGAAAAGUCUUGUAUGAAUCCUCAGAAAUUCAAGUUUGAGCGCCCAGCUCUUCCAGCUAAUGUUAGAAAGCCAACACCUCGCAAACCUGAGUCUCCAUAUGCUCACCUGUGUGGUGCUCCAGAUUCCCCUCGCCCAGUGGUGGCAUCAGAGGACAGUGGCUUGUUUAGCCCUAUUCGAACCUCUGCUUUUAGUCCCCCUGGAAGCUGUCCUCCUGCUGAAUGCCUUUGCCAAACAGAUACUAGUGAAAAUAGGAAUCAUGAAAAGUACUGCACUUACGAAGAUUAUGCAAAUAAUCUUUCAUGUGAAGUACUAGGCUCAGUUCUUCAUACUCAACAUGCAAACACAAUGUCAGAUAUUAAUAGUAUUAAAAGGGGAAGAAAUAAUCCUGUAACUUAUAAGCAUGGAGACUCUGAUCAAAAAAAUAAAUGUAAAAAAUCUUCAGUGAUUACCGAUAGCGUUCAGAAGUUUGCAGCAGAUCUUGUGGGAAAAAGUUUUGGCAGUGCAUUUAAAGACUUACAGAAAGGAGUUUCUUCAUGUACCAAUGCACUGUGCCACCUGGCUGUCAAAUUGACAUCAUCCAUAUUUCAGAUGGCAUUUAAUGAACUAAGAAGGCAGUGUGCAUUUUCAUUAAAGGAGCGAGCCAUUGGUAGCCUGGCCAGUCUUUUGGUGAGCGAAGCCUUAUCAAAUGCCUUGAAAGACUUACAGUAUGUGAAAAAGCAGAUGUUUACAAACACAGUUGCUAGGUUUGCUGCAGACCUUGCUGAAGAGCUUGUUUUUGAAGGUAUCAUGGAAGUGUGUCAGUUUUCAUGUCCUCAGACACCUGCAUCUUCACAGUGUCAGUCAUUUGACUUUGAAGACAAAGUCGUGAAGUCAUAUGCCAAAGAUUUGUCUGAAUCUGUAAUACAAGAAGCAUUCAUAGAGCUGUCACAGACGGACGUGACCUUCACAGCAAAGGCAGCAGUUAAUGUUUCUAUGGGUAGUGUCAAGUCCGUGAAUGCAGAAAAUGCAGUGCCACCUGCGCAGACCCUUACAUUCUCCUCAUCCUUUAGCAGUCAAGCAGUUAUGAUGACCAAACCAAUGCAGGAGCAUAAGAAGGAAUACACGGUACAGCAGGCUUUGUUUUGUACCUCAGGAAUUGUCACUUCCAUACCAGUGCCCUUGGCAGGUAGUGCCCUUCUCCCAUAUCACGUGUCAUCUACUUUGUACCAGUCCAAGUCUCUGUCAUCGUCUGAGCAUAAUAAAGCAAAUGGCGGUUCUCCCCAAGAGCACAUUGCCAUGGAAAGCAGUGCAGAGGAAGUGGAUUGUUUUAAAAACACCUGUCUACCUUCAGAACUCAGUCCUUGCAGCCAGAAUGACUUCAAACCAACUAAUGGUGAUAUCGACAUGCAGAGUCCUUCAAAAUUAAUGAGUGGCUCUAUGAUUAUUAGCAACUUUUCCACAGCAAUGGUACAUACAAUAGUAAAUGAAACCUUAGAGUCCAUGACAUCCUUCAAAGCCACAAAACCUGUUGAUACAAAUGCAGAUUAUUUAACUAAAACAAUAAAGGGAAAAGCCUGUUCUUUUUCCCUUUGCGACCAAGCAGCACCACAACAGAACAAAGCUAGCAGUAAGGACAUGUUUGCUGAGCAUUUAUCAAAGUCUAUUAUUAAACAUUCCCUGGAUAAAAGCAAGUCAGUCCUUCCAAAUAUAGAUAAAAAACCAGUUAGUAAGGAACACAUGCUUGUUCUUGGAGAAGAAUCACAGUUGACCUUGGGGGAAACUCCCAAAUUCCUUGACUUUUCAGAUAAUUCACCUCAGUAUUGUGUUCCAGAAUGUAAAGAUUCUGUGGGUUUUGGAUUUUCUUUAGAGGCACUGCCACCUUGUUCAAUGAUGACAAGUCAGAAAUCUGACUUGAAGGGAGUUAUGAAGGAUAAAGUGGUAACAAGACACAAUCUGACUAAUACUGCGCUUGAGCCCUUGUCUUUUGGACAGGAAAGCUCUUUCCGUCCCUCACAGACUUUAUCAUCUGCAGUGCUUACCUGUGUAGAUAGUUUGCAUGUGGAAGAUAAGCAGAAAAUCAGAGACAGAAAUGUGAUACCUGAUACUCCCCCAUCAACACCUUUAGUACCAUCCCAGACUAGUUCUGAAUGGGACAUCAAAAAGUUAACCAAACAACUCAAAGGGGAGUUAGCCAAAGAAUUUGCUCCCGCAACACCACCUUCGACACCUCACAACUCAUCCGUUGGUAGUUUAUCUGAGAAUGAACAAACUACUAUAGAAAAGGAAGAGUUCAUGCUGAAACUCAUGCGCUCUCUUUCUGAAGAAGUUGAGAGCAGUGAAGGUGAGGAGCACCCAGAAAUGGAUGUAAAGUCAGAGCAUUCAGGGAAAAAAGGUCAGUUUGCAGACGCAUUAGCUACACACAUCAUUUCUCUUGCAACUGAAGUGGCAGCCUCCCACUUAGAUCAUGAAAUCACUCAAGAAUUCAAGGUUCAAAACUCUCACUUAACUGUGCCAAGUCAAAGAAGCAUGCUGCCUGCUCUAAGUCACUUAGAUGAAAGCAUACAGACGUGCAGUUUUGCAAGUGAUAUGGCAGCUGGUGUUAUUGCAGAAGCCGAGAAAGUUGCAAACACUAGAAGUUGUAUGCUUUUCGGGCAUGAGAGGACCAUUUGUCAUGUUGAAGGUGAUCGAGGUAAAGCAGAAGAGAAGCUGGAUGUGGAGGAUAUUGCACAUCCAAGAGAAGUAGAAACGUGUGUUCUUUCAUUACCAAGUUGCAUGCCAGGUCUGACAUACAAGUAUCCCAGCUGUGAAAGUGUGACUGAUGAAUAUGCUGGGCACGUUAUUCAAGUGCUGAAACAGGAAGGUGGCAACAGUGAGCUAAUCAUGGAUCAGUAUGCCAGUAGAUUGGCCUACCGUUCUGUCAAGUCAGGAGUACGAGAAGCAGCUAAGACAGUAAAAGUGAAGUGCAGUUUGAAACUCUUCCCUAUGCACACCUCUCAUGUGAAAACAAACAAGGAACUGUUGUUCUCAAGUAAAGAGCAUCACCAAGAAGUAGAUAAAAAAAGACAAAGAAAAAAAUAUGGCAGCCAUCCUUGCAAAUACCAGACAUGUGACAGGACACAGGAUCCAUGUAGAAACGAACUUUCUGAACUGUACAGGUUUUCAGCCUCUCUUGCUAGCAGCAUAACAAGAGAUGUAAAGAAACAGCUGACAGCACCUAAAGUUGACUUGCCAAAAUCCUCAACAGACUGUUGUCUUUUUGAAAAAUCUGAAUGUGUUGACAACAGAGAGAAUGUUACUGGACCAGAAGUUUCAAAGUCGUGUCAACCUUUACAAAACCAUGGACUUUGCCAGAACACAAGCAGUUUAAGUGGGUAUAGCUGUGGAGAGAGUGCUCACACUGUAGAACAGUAUGCUAGGAAAGUAGUGGGUGACACUUUAGAGCUAAGCUUAGGACCUGCAGUUUUCCUUAAUUCAGAGACCACAACAUCACCAGAUAGGAUUACUUAUGCAGAAAAAUUGUCACCACUUAUAAAUGAAGCUUGCAGAUACUGUGACCUUAAGGAAUCCCAUGGUUGUAUCAGAAAUUCUGCUCAGCUCUUUUCAAAGCAGGGUCCUUGUGCUAGUGCUAAGCCAAGUUCACAUUCAAAACUUAGUAGCAUCCGCCAGAAAUCAAGAAUUUUUCAUCUUGAUGUUCCUCAAAUUCAUGUUAAUCUUGAUAAGAGGGCGGUGCUUGCAGAGAAGAUAGUCGCUGAAGCUAUUGAAAAAGCAGAGAGAGAGUUGAGCAAUACGAGUUUGGCAGCUGAUAGUGGAAUUGGACAAGAUGGCAUUAGCUUUGCUGAGAGCCUUACCACAGAAAUCAUGACCACAGCUAUGACAAAUGCCGGGCAUGCUGUUAGCAGUUCAAAAGAAGUAGAAGAUUUUCAGUCCACUGAGUCACUUGGCAGCCAACAGAUGAAUCUUAGUGUUGGUGAGGACAGCACGGGUAGCUGGUCCAACUUAAGUUUUGAGGAUGACCAUCAAGAUGAAAGCAGCAGUUUCCAUCAUCUCAGUGAAAGUAAUGGUAACAGCAGUAGCUGGAGCAGUCUUGGUUUAGAAGGAGAUUUGUAUGAGGACAAUUUAUCCUUUCCAACAUCAGACAGUGAUGGACCGGAUGAUAGAGAGAGCGAACAGGAGGAUGGUGCUGAGGGUUUGCAGCCGAGUGGAAAGACUCUGCUGAUCGUGAACAUUGACGUGGAGCCUGGGGCGGUGGACCCUCAGCUCAGGGUCAUUCUUCAGUGGCUCAUUGCCUCGGAGGCGGAAGUUAGAGAACUUUAUUUUCAGGACUCUGCAAAGAAGGAGUUUGUCUUACUUUCAAAGCAGUUACAGGAGAGAGGAUGGAAAGUGGGCGAUGUCCUGCAGGCUGUGCUGAAAUACUACGAAGUGGUGGCCAAAGCCUCAAGCGAGGACACGUGCACGUCGCUGUUUGAUUGGCUUUUAGAAAAUGCCUAGCACACCGCAGGGCAGUGUACUUUAGUGCUUGUUUUAGGAAGUAAAAAAGUUGAUGAUUUACAUGUAGGAUAAAAUUCAAAUACAGAAUAUUAACAUUUUAAUUGAAUUGAGAGGAAAGUAAGCUUUUUAAGUGCUUUCUGUCAUUACACUGUAUAUAGUUCAUACUUUUGUAAUCUUUGUCAAGAUAUUCUCUUUACUUAUUCUUCUGUAUAUGUGUAUGUGUUAUGACCUGGAGAUAAUAUUCUGUGAAGGACGAUCUAUCCUCACCCGAGGCUGGGGCAUUCAUUGUCUGACAGCAUUUGUUUGGAUUCACAUAGUGCUGCUGCUGCUGCUGCUGCUGCUGCUGCUGCUGCUGCUGCUGCUGCUGCUGCUGCUGCUGCAAACAGGGCUGAGGCGGCUGGCCUGGCCCACGUGAUCACUUGGUUCCUUUGAAAACAAGUGGUGUCUAAUGAUAAGUCAUCUGACAUGAAGAAAGAAAACUGAGGCUGAUAUUUUGUUGUUUAUUUAUUUCUGAUAAGUUUGUAUUCUUUAUGUACUGUUCUUUAAAAUCAGUUUUACUUCCCAGUUCAGCUAUUGGUACUUGUAGAUUCCCCAAUCUUUAAGCUCGUAGCAUACUCAUUAGUGACUUAGGUUUCUGUGAACACCGUUAUGUGUUCCCCUGGCUUUCCAUCAAGUGAUGUUAUUUGCUAAUACUGCCAAUUGUUAUGAGAUGAGAAGGAGAAGGGCGUGUGUGCGUGUGCAAGAAUAAACGCUAACCUUCCCACUAGUUCAUUCGUUUACUUUAGAGUUUUCUUAAAUAGAAACCCAUUAUUAACACUAAAUAAAAUGUCUAAAUAUUGUGCAGUAAGAAUUUUGUCUUUUUGAUUUAUUCUACAGAUGCAAAUUUAGGUUGUAAAAUACAUUGAAAUUUUAAAAAUUAAUGUAGAAAUGCACUCAGAGGAGCCCAAUAAUGAAUUUCAGUAUUGGAUUUUGAAGAAGAAAAAGAUCCUCCUCACCUCACCAAGAGUAAUUUCUUUUAGCUCGGUGAUUCUCAACCUUCCUAACGUUGCAACCCUUUAAUACAGUUCCUCAUGUUGUGGUAACCCCUAACCAUAAAAUUAUUUAGUUGAUACUUCAUAACUGUAAUUUUGCUACUGUUAUGACUUGUAAAUAUUGGUGUUUUCUGAUGAUCUGAUAGGGGUCAUUUGACCCCCAAAGAGGUUGCAAGCCAGAGGUUAAGAACUGCCAUUUCAGCAUAAAAGUACCUCUCUCCCAAUAAAAUGUAUCUGGAUAAUUUCGUAAAGUUCCCUCUCAUGAUCUUUUUUGGCCUCUACAUUUUCUACUGUGUUUUUAGAGACUGCAGGUUCUAAUUGAGAUGAGUAGGCUUUGUCUCAGUGUGCUUGAGAUGUGUGUAGGUGGGAGGUUCUCCCUAACCGGUUCUGGAAUCUAAGGCGAGUCAUACUGCCUGGGCUGUUGUGUUUUCUCCAUUAUAUUUUCUCUCUUCCCCUAAGCGCUGACUUUUCUAGAACCUACAGUGAAUAGAUGACAUAACACCUACCAGGGUACUUCCAUUAAUCUGAGUUAGUAAUUAUGGUGGAAAAGUUAUUUUUAUAGAGAUGUCACAUUUGCUUUGUCUCCAGAAACAACUUAAGUAUUUUGAAACUACAUUAUAAACUCUAGUUUUUCUCAGUUCAACAUAGAGACACAGGGCCUGCCUUAAGCAUACAUUUUUUUUUUAAAAAGAAGUUUCUUCAAGUAUUUUUCAGAGUGGGCAAAUGCAGGAAUAAUAUCCAUGUGCACUCUCUUACACUUAUAUGAGGAACAAGCACACUGCACAUAUGUAAUUUGCAUGAUAUGUGUUGCUUAGAUUAACAGUAAAACUGACUUUAAAUUUCCUUGAGAUGCAAAUGACAAUGUUGGUCUUAAAAAAUUGAAAGUGCCAGGAAUGUUUCUGUUUCUGGAUUAGUUAUUUGAGGCAAGCUCUAAGUUGUGCUCCGAUUUCCUUUGCAUUCUGGUGAAGCCACGCUACGCUGUACUGCCCAGUGUUCUUCAGUAAGUGCAACAGUGACAGAGGUGGAACUCACAGUGCGUCGGUUCUGUGCAGGAACACAGAAAACAGUAGGAAGUACUGGCAGGGUGUGUGGAAGUGUAGGCAGUUUCGUUAUAGAAAGCAUUUGCAUGUAGAGCCAUGCUGCGUGCUGGACACAGGUAAAGGGGGCCGCUUUAAAGCACGUUGUCUUUGGAGCAACUCUGUUGAGAGUAAAACUUAAAAUGUUGUGAUACACAGUGAGCUGACUCUUGACUCACCAGUUUUAAAGGCAUCCAGGAUCCACAGACAGAGACACCUCUGUCAGAAAAGCCAGCCAAGAAAACAAACAAACAACACAAAACCCACAGAAGAAAUGGCAGUAGAUGGAUGGCUCCUUAUGGUAAAGCUAACAUUGUAACAACCUUCAGUGAACACAUGUAGUACCUUUGUUCUUUCAGAAAUGCUUCAUUUACCCCUAAAGGUAUUUAAUGUGAAUUAGUUCAGUUCAUACUACUAUAAUUCUGCUUAGCAGAGGACUUAUAUUGCAGGUAGGAAGCUACGUGUUGAGUGCACUGUGCAGAAAUUAAAGACGGUUGACCAUUUGACAGAGCUGUGGCCCCCAGCGGUGGCACAUGUUCUCUGAUUGUCCGGAGCCUCGGCUACCUGCCGUUCCACUAGUAGUGUUUCUCCACAGCUGCUUUUAGCAGCAUCAAGUCAGUGUAUUGUUUUGUAAUUUUUCAAAGAAAUCUUUACACAGAGUUUAAAUAUGUUGGGUCCACACACGGGUAGGGAAAAUACUCUCCGUUUAAAACCGUGUCUGCCUGUCAGCAGCACGGAGAACUGUGGGAGCGUCUGUGGGAGUCGGAAGGGGCGGACUCAAGUCAAGUGCGCUUUGCUCUUCAGCGCAAGCCCUGUAGGCACCCCUUGUUUACGGUGCGCCUGCUCUGCACACGCAGGCGCGGUGCUGGUCACUCCUGCCUCUCUAUUUAUUUAUUUUGACAUCUGUACAUUCCUUUCCUAUAGUUAAGAGCCGCAGUUCUGCAGGCUCCUAUCUCAAUCUGUUGUACGGUUUGGAUGCUAUUUAAAUGCCAGGUUCUGUGUGGCUGGAUUUGCUGCCUUCAGUUACUUGUGCUGUGUUUCAAGUAAUCUGCAUUCUUGUUCACUUAAUGAAUAUUUAGUAGAAGUAACUUUGAGUAACUGUGGCCACUUAUUUGGGUUUGCUCAUUUAGCACACUAAGGUCGUAUACUGUGCGUAGUAGUAAUCUCUCUUUCUGCUCUUGAGUAAUUUAAUGUUCAUUUAUCAAACUCGGAACUUCAAAGUGCACUAAAGUUUUGUUUAGCAGUGGUUCAAACUGUUUCAGAAAUUACUUUUGUAAUCAUUUGCAAUUAAUUGUUCUUUUGUCUUUACUCUUGUUCAAGCCUGUGAUCUUUCCUCUCCCAGCCAAGAAUUAUUCAAUAAAUUUAAGAAAUGUCAA